AACUUUGCCAUUACUUAGUUUGUGCAACUUCUCUUUGAGUCUUUCCCUCUUCAACACAGAGAGAGAGAGAGAGAGUGGACUCAAAAAUUCACCAAGUCCUUGCUUGCCUUGAAAAGACCACAACCCUUUUUCCCUAUCCCACCCCAUUACUUGACAACCCAAAAUCUAGAAUUCCAAACUUGGGGUGGUAGUGAGGUUACUUAUUAGAGCAAAGCAGUGUGUUGGGUUGUUGGGAAAUGAGGGAUGUUUUCGUGGCUGGCAAGGAUUGCGUGGACGUGUUGGAAGCCGGUGAGGAGAUAUGCCCGUAUGAGUAAAGAUGAUAUUCUUGAUGACUCCUCCAUUGAAGACCCUCUCGUUUGGUGCAGACCCCUUGACAAGCACGCCUACGGUGAAUUCUCCUUCGCUGUCGUUCAGGCCAAUGAGGUUCUCGAGGACCAGAGCCAAGUCGAGACCGGAAGGGAUGCCACUUUUGUUGGAGUUUAUGAUGGACAUGGCGGACCUGAUGCCUCCAGAUUCAUUUCUGACCAUCUCUUUGUCAAUCUUAUGAGACAUGCUCGAGAAAAGACAACCAUAUCUGAAGAUAUCCUUAGAAGUGCCUUUUCUGCUACCGAGGAUGGGUUCCUUACUCUUGUGCGUAGGACUUGUGGAAUAAAACCAGUGAUUGCAGCAGAAGGUUCUUGUUGUCUGGUUGGAGUUAUCUGGAGUGGGACUUUGUAUGUUGCUAAUCUAGGUGACUCGAGAGCUGUAAUUGGUUCUUUAGGUAGAUCAAAUAAGAUAGUUGCCGAACAGCUGAAUAGGGAACACAAUGCAAGUAUGGAGGAGGUUAGACAAGAGCUCAGGUCAUUGCAUCCGAAUGAUUCACACAUUGUAGUUAUGAAGCAGGGAGUUUGGCGUAUCAAAGGCAUCAUACAGGUGUCUAGAUCUAUUGGCGAUGCUUACUUGAAGAGGCCAGAAUUUUCUCUUGAUCCUUCAUUUCCGAGAUUCCAACUUUCUGAACCCCUCGGGCGGCCUGUGCUGUCAGCAGAACCAUCUGUAUGUACUAGAGUUCUACGACCUGAAGAUAGAUUUAUAAUAUUUGCAUCAGACGGUCUUUGGGAACACAUGACUAAUCAGGAAGCUGUGGAAAUUGUGCAUAAUAAUCCUCGACAAGGAAUUGCAAAGAGACUUCUGAAAGUAUGUCUUGGUGAGGCAGGUAGAAAAAGGGAUAUGACAUAUGACGACCUUAAGAAGGUUGAAAAGGGUGUCAGGAGGUACUUCCAUGAUGAUAUUACGAUUGUUGUCAUUUUUAUAGAUCAUGAUUUACUGGGGAAAACGCAACCUUUACCCGAGCUAUCAGUAAGAGGGUUCAUUGACACGGUUGGACCAUCAAGUUUUAGCAUCUUCAAGGAUUGAUACAAAUGUGAAGUCUGGUUCGUAGAGUAAACAACACCCUGUAACUUUAUAGCCUAGGUCUUGUUUUAGAAGACCAGGCUCAUCAAGGCUCAUCAAGUUUUUUUUUUUUUUCUUUAUUCAACAUUUCUCUUAACAUUGGAUUGUUUGUUUUUCCAGCUGUUCUUAACACCUUCUGAAAGCUUCUUUAUAUAAACUGAUUUCUUUACAUAAAACCAUGCACCCUAGGCAAAGCUACGGGCAAGCUUCAAACUUUUUUGGAGUCUGUAUACACCCAAAAGUUGUGCAAUUUAUUUGGUCUUAAUAAAUGUGUUCUUAUUAA